AUGGAUCGCCAGGAGCUGGCGGCGGAACCUCCGCCUCAGCUGUCAAAACGUCUUGCGCAGAUACCGGGAUACGUCUGGGACGAGACGACGGAACCUUUUCAUUCGAGUUACGAUAAUUGGCACGUCUUUGGGCUGCGCAAGAUCAGCGACCAUCACCGGCUUUCGAAGCAGUCUGCAGCGCUUCAGCAAUCAAGCCCCGCACGGGCCCAGUCACCAUCUGGUUCGGCGGAUUCCACGAAUAGACCGAAUCAAUCAUCAAAUAGUGAUCAGGGCGAGCACGGAAGUGAGGCUGCUGCCAAAGCUGAAGCACUCGCGGAAGGAUUUCUGCCCGUCGUCGCGCGCAUUUCCACUCAUGUUUUACGGCUGGAGCGGGAAUUUCAUCUCUGCAAAACGCUGAUUCAAACCAUCGACAAGAAUUGCCGGCAUACGGUUCGUCCCAUCGAGUUGACAUGGUUGCCCCGCCUACCAGAUGACCCUGGUCCCAUUGUUGUAUCCAUUUUCGAAUCUCCUGGACGCAACUACGUCAAGGAUCUGUUAAGUCUCCGCAGUCCUCAGUAUCGCAACUCUGCCUCCCACUCGUCGUCGGAGAAUGUUGGUGCCGGAGAAAAUGGUGCUGAUGGCGGCGAAGAACGAAUGUCUGUCCAGGUCUUUUUGGAUUUCGCUGUGGGCGCUUGUGAAUGUCUCGAACUGUUACAUAAUGGACACAAGAUUGUACAUGGAGAAUUACGCGGAGAUGCUUUUCAUUUCAACCAGUCGACCGGCUUGGUGAAGCUGAUCAAUUUCGGGUCUGGCCCGCGGUCCUUUGAGAAUGGGUUGACGAGCACUGGAUGGUCAUCACUCUCUAGGGAGAUUGGCGUCAAGGAUAAACUACAGUAUAUUGCUCCGGAACAGACUGGCCGCAUGCCGGCGGAACCAGAUAGUCGCACGGACAUCUACAGCUUAGGGGUACUCUUCUGGACCCUGCUAACCGCUCAACCGGCGUUUGAUGGCGACACCCCUAUGGAUGUUAUGCAGAGCGUUUUGAGUCGUCGAAUACCGCCAGUUACCUCGAAACGUCCUGAGGUUCCCGACGCUCUCUCCAACAUUAUCCAGAGGAUGACGCACAAAAAAAUUGAUCAGCGCUACCAUUCAGUUCUUGGCCUCAAGUAUGAUCUCAAGACUUUUAGAAGGAUACUCGUCAAUGGAGACACAAAGGCCUUGGGGAACUUUGAGAUAGGCACGCGGGACGUGUCCUCCUUUUUCAAACUACCCACGACCAUGGUUGGCCGGCAAGAGGAACACGCCCAGAUUUUGCAAAUUUUAGAACGCUCAAGUAAGCGCCAUGGUUACGUGGGCACUUCCAAAAACGGCCUAUACAGUAUUAGCUCUGGCUCCUCCAUUUCGGAUCCUCGAAAUGACGUCCUUGAGUUCGGCGACGGAUCCAGUGACACGACCAGCUCUCAUGGAGGAGACGACGGAGCUGCUCUGUCCGGUCUUGGACCGUCAUUGAUGCCUUCUUCUCAGGGAAUCUGUGAAAGCAUUCCGGAGGUGCCAAGCUCGAGACCAUCGGCCUCGUCGACCGGAAAAAUCUCCACUGAUAGCUUGGAUGACGUACGACCGUCUUCUAUUCCUAGUGGAUCGCUUGGAAGAGCCAGUCUUUCUGAUCGGUCGUCAAGUUUGGCAAAGCGAUCAUACGGCUCGAAAUUCCGGCGAAGAGGUCUUUGCGAAGUGAUCACGAUCACGGGUGCGGCCGGACUAGGAAAAUCCUGCCUGGCGCAAAGUGUUCAUGCGGAAGCCAGGCGGCUCGGAUACGUUGCCUCUGCCAAAUUCGAUAACUCAAAGGGGUCGCCAUUCGAGCCCGUCCUGAAAUUGAUGAGCUCAUUAUUUCGCCAGAUCUUCUCAGAAGCCGAUAUAUCGACAGAGUUUCAUACUUCUUUGCGAGCCAAAAUUAGACCUAUCUGGGGUGUGCUCCACACCAUGCUUGAUUUGCCAGAGUGGGUCAUUGGUUUCUCAAGUUCGCGGGCCUCGUCUUCCCGUCAUGGAAGCAGCAUAGGCACAUCGACAAACGGAUCUAGUAUUGGGACUCCGCCACUUCGCCCGCAAAUCCCUACGAUUGGUGGUACGAUACCUUCUGCGACGAAUGAUUUGAUGCUGUCCUCAAGGUCGAUGCGUUUUAUAAAUCUCUUUUUGGACGUCCUUAGAACUCUGACAGCACAUAAAUUUAUUUGCCUUUGUCUGGACGACCUUCACUCGGCAGACGAAGAGUCUCUGGAUAUGAUCUCGAAGAUUGUUUCCAGUAGAAUAAGGCUCGUGCUCAUUGUGACACUCCGCCCUGGAGCUUUCUCGAAUCCUAAGCUUCGUGGGAUCUUCGACAGCGACCACGCCGCAAUUACGAAUAUUGAACUUGCGCCUCUCAGCGAGGACGAUAUCGUAGAAUAUGUCUCAACUACGCUCCAUCGCCCCGCGGACUAUGUCUUUCCUUUGGCAUCUGUUAUACAAGAGAAGUCGAACGGGAAUCCUUUUAUGCUGCGGGAGAUGCUUGACACUUGCUACAGGAAAAACUGUGUCUGGUAUUCGUGGCAAGAGACAUCCUGGGAAUACGACCUUGACAAAGUCUUUUCCGAAUUCCAAGUCGAACAGUAUGGUCAACAACUAAGCGGCGAUUUUGUUGCACGACGGCUCAGGGAGCUUCCGCGACCCGCGCGCACGAUACUGGCCUGGGCAUCAUUAUUGGGACAUACCUUUUCUUUCGCACUGAUACAGAAAUUGAUGUCAGGAGAAUUCGCCUCGGAGGACGAGGCCAUGGGUGAACCACUUACGACGCCAGUAUUCCUUGUGGCUGAUGAGGAUAUUGUCGAUGGGUUGCAGGCUGCCAUCGGGGCUCAUGUACUUAUUGCAGACGAGGACGAAGAUCACUUCCGAUUCUCUCAUGAUCGAUAUACCACUGCGGCAGCGACACUUAGGGAUCCUAGUGCCCUUCAAAAGAUGCAUUACAUGAUUGCGCAAGCGUUAAUGAAAUACAGCGAGAUGGAUGACCGUACCCUUUACUCUCGGUGCCAACAUAUAUGCUUCGCAGUCAACCUGAUCAGGGAGCGGGUCCCCGCUAGAAGGCACUUCAGGGACUUGCUAGUGCAAGCCGCUACGAAGGCUAGCGAGUCUGGCGCCAAAGCUGCAGCUUUAUACUAUUAUUCGCAUUGCCUGGAACUCUUGCAAUCGGAACCGUGGAAUGAUUCAUUAUCAGAUGUUUCCUAUCAAGAGACACUCCAGCUCUACAAUCGAGCUGCAGAAUGUCACUUGUAUCAAGGGCUUUUGCCGGAAGCACUCGAGCUGCUUCACCAGACUUUCAAACAUGCAAAAGAUGUGGUCGACAAGACUCGCUCAUGGGUUCUGCAGAGCCGAGUCUUCACUCAAAGCGGCGACACUUUUGCUACAUUUCAGGCUCUACGAAAUUGUCUCGCUGACCUUGGCCUGGUCCUGACGGAAAUGACCUGGGACGAUUGUGAUAGCUGGUUUCACAAGCUGAAAACCAAGCUGCAAGAUAUGGACCUAAGUCACGCCCUAAUGGCUCAAGAAUCCCAAGAUAGAAAUCUUCUCGCUUUAGCUUCUUGUCUUGUCGAAAUUCAAGGUGUAGCAUGGUGGACAGACCCGUUGCUGUUCUAUCAAGUUACGUUGCAUGCUGUUUCAAUUCACCUUGAUCAGGGACUCUAUCCUCAAGUCGGUCUUUGCUAUACUCACCUGGCAUCCAUAUGCUGCAGCCGUUUCAGCAUGAUUGAAUUUGGGGUCCGAAUGGGCGAAUUUUCUCAUGAAUUACUUUCAAGAUUCACCUACCACUCUGAAGUCUUUUUUCGAGGACAUAUCAGUCAAUGCAUGCUAGUCUCACAUUUUACGAAGCAUUGUCAAAAGCAGCGUUCUACCCUUGAAGCUGCACUAGAUACGACUGCAGAAGAUAAGACUUUGACCCUCACUGUUCUUGGGGCAGUGGCCGUCUGUAAGCUGUAUUGCUCAGAAGAUAUGGCCGAAAUUGAAGGAUUUUGUAUCAGCUACGGCGAAGAAAUUUUCGCCUGGUCCAAGGACUUUCGAGGGGGCGUCUUCCUGAUGGCCGUUCAGCAAGUCUGCCGAGCUCUUCAGGGAAAGACAAAUUAUGAAUCUCCCAAAGAAGUCUGCAACGACGAAAAUCACAAUUCUGAAACAUACAUGGCCGAAAUCCAGACGGCAUUAUCCAAACCGGAAAGAGCACUUCAAAACUACCAAAGUUUUCUGAUAAUGCCGCUAUAUUUCUUUGGGCACCUUGCCCAAGCCGUGAGACUUGGCGAAAGCAUGCUGCAGAAUCUGAAUAGUCUUUGGUCAAUGCGACAGCACCGGGGCGUCCUGCUCUACCUCGGACUUGCCAAAAUAAGCCUCGCCCGAUCGCAAGCAAGGUCUUCUGAGGCAAAGCUAGAGACUUUAAGAUUUGUACGAGAUCUGAGGGACAAGAUUCGAGCUUGGGGAGCUGUCAACGAGAUAAAUUAUGCAGUUUGGUCCUCGCUACUGAGCGCUGAGAUAAGUGACUUUGAAGGCGAUUAUGAAUCUGCGCUAGGGAACUAUGAAAGUUGCUUGGACCAUGCGCAGCUACAACACUUCGUCCUCGAGGAAGCAUUGGGCCACGAACUCCUAGCCGAGUUUUUCUUGCGAAGGGGGAGCAGGAGGGCGGGGAGAAGCGCCAUACGCGAUGCAAUUGCCACGUAUAACAGAAUAAGUGCGACUGGCAAGGCUAAGCAUCUCACCGAAAAGCAUCUCGCUCUUCUCGGCGGUGCAAAGAGCCUGAACAAGGUAGACACGGGUUGCCAAACCGAUUUCUCCGAGAACACUACAUAUCGCCUUGAGCAGAAUGAGAGACAGACCACCCACAAUCUAGGACAGGAGACCAGUCAAGAUCGUACUCGAGCGUGGCUGAACCCGAGCUUUGCGGCCGAAGAAGUCAAGAAUGACCAGAGUCUGUCUGGUCUCGGUCUGGAUAUGAUCGAUUUGACGAGUAUCCUAGAAUCGAGUCAAGUCCUAUCCUCUGAGCUGCAUGUUGAUCGUCUGCUGGCCAAAAUGACAGACAUCAUUCUAGAAACAACUGGUGGGCUUUCUGAUCUGGUUGCGAUUGUGACCGAAGACGGAGAUAGCUGGAGUAUCAAGGCAGUUGGCGACCCUGAAAAUGGUGUCACAUCCUAUCCAGAUGGUCGGCCACUCAAUGCAGUCGAAGGUCAAUUCUCCAGCCAAGUCAUUCUCUAUGUCUUGCGUUUCAAGGAACCCGUCUUUGUUCAGAAUCUUAUGGAGGAUGAACGAUUUUCAAAUGUUAGCGAAGCCUAUCUGGCCAAGAACCCUAUUGGCAAAUCCAUCAUCGCACUUCCUAUCGUCCACACGGACUCACUUCUUGGUGCACUCUAUCUUGAAGGUCAACCAAACUCAUUUACGGAACGGAACCUUACCGUACUGCGGCUGCUCGUCAAUCAGAUUGGCAUCUCAAUUGCCAAUGCACUCUUGUUCAAACGCAUCGAAAGAGUCAGCGCCAGCAAUCUUUCCAUGAUCGAAUCUCAGAAGCGUGCCUUAAGCCAAGCUCGCGAAGCGGAAAAGAAAGCGAAACUGGCUGAAGCAGAGGCAAUGCGGAACGUACGACUGAAGGAAGAAGCUGCGAGGGCCAAAUCAAUGUUCUUAGCCAAUGUUUCCCACGAGUUACGCACUCCUCUGAACGGUGUUAUUGGCAUGUCAGAGCUUCUAAAGGGCACCGCUCUCAAUGAAGAGCAAAGUGGCUACGCAGAUUCUAUUAGGGUGUGCGCUGAUACGCUCCUGACUGUAAUCAAUGACAUUCUAGAUUUCUCCAAACUUGAGGCUGGCAAGAUGAUCCUUCUCAACAUUCCUCUCAAUCUCCACGAGAGUAUCUCCGAAGUAGUCAGAGCGCUGAGUUAUACCAAUCUGGAGCGAGGGCUGGAAACGCAUGAGGAAUUUAAUCUAGAUCGAAAGUUGCUCGUUAUGGGUGACCCGGUUCGCUUGCAUCAAAUUUUCAUGAACUUGCUCAGCAAUGCCUACAAGUUCACGCCUAGUGGAUCUGUUACUGUGCGCGCGACGACAGACUAUGAAACUGAAGACUCACUUACGGUUACUUGCUCGGUUUCCGACACGGGAAUCGGAAUCACCUCAGACCAGCUUUCGAGGCUCUUCCAACCAUUUUCGCAAGCGGACAGCAGUACGGCAAGGAGCUAUGGAGGGUCUGGACUUGGCUUGAGCAUUUGUAAGGCCAUGAUUGAGAAUGUGCUGAAUGGCAAGAUAUGGCUGGAAUCGUCACCUGGUGUUGGCACGACUGUGUAUUUCACCUUGACCUUUUCCAAAGCGCCAAAGGAUGCAUUGGCCAAAGGCGAGCAUCUCACAGGAAAGGAAACCGAUCCAAUGGCCAUCUAUUCUCCCCCAGCAAGCGCUCCACCCGUUUCCGAUCCUUUUGCGCCAACGAUUGAUUUAUCACAAAUUCCGCGAGAAAAAAUACGCAUCUGCAUUGCCGAAGAUAACCCCUUGAAUCAAAAAAUUGCCUUGUCUUUUGUUCAGAAGCUCGGAUUCAAGUGCGAUGCAUACAACGACGGCCAACAGGCGCUUGAGGCGCUUCGAGAAAGGGCCGCCAAAGGGGCUGAUGAGGCUUAUCACUUAGUGCUCAUGGACGUUCAGAUGCCGGUCCUUGAUGGGUAUGAAGCUACAAAGCUUAUCCGGCAGGACAAGAUGCCGCUUGUCAGAGGAGUCUUGGUUAUCGCGAUGACUGCAAGCGCUAUCCGAGGAGAUCGCGAAAAGUGUCUGGAGGCUGGAAUGAACGAUUAUCUCGCGAAACCGGUUCGCGCACAGGUCCUCAAGACCAUGCUAGAACAGUACCUUGGACAAAAGCCAGAAGAUAUACCUGAUCUCCCCAAAGCGGCCAAGAACAUGGCCAAUUCUGCAGCGUCACAGGUUGAAACGAGCAAGCAGUAA